AUGUCGGAUGCCCCGCGACCUACAUUGAAGCUGAAGCUUGGGAAGAGGCCGGUCCCCCCAGCUGAACCAGCGUCCGCAUCUGCCCCGGCACCUGCGCCAGAACCAACAGCACCAUCUACAGCCUCUGGAACCCCCCAACCCCAGCGCAAGCUCACUCUCAAGAUCGCACGCAAGCCACAGCCCGAAGAAAGUGAGGAGAAACCGAAGAAGAAGAAACCGACGAAAAAACGACCCGCCGAAAAUGUCGCUCAGCCUGAACCCGCCGUGCCUGUCCAACAAGGCCCGAAACGCCUCAAGCUGAACCCUAGCAAGAAGCCAGCACUGCAGUCAAUUCGCAUCAAGAACAAGGGAGUUGUCCCUAACCGGCCAGUCGGCGUGGGCUAUGACUCGGAGGCCUCAGAUACCGAAGCGGACCCUGUCAUCGAAGAACAAUUCAUCUUACGGAUGGAGCCAGGAGAAGAUUGUGAAGCUCUGCGGAAAGCAAUCAAUGAUCGCUCGGUUGAAGGAAACGGGUUCGGAUUCAAACCUCUCAAUCGUGAAGGCCGUCGCGCCGUCUUGACUAUCAAAGGCAGGCAAUAUGCCGCAGCGCUGGUGGAUCUGCCUUGUAUCAUCGAAGGCAUGAAGAGUUGGGAUCGACGUGGCUGGUACAAGUCGGCGGAUAUCUGUCAGAUGCUCUUGGUUCUUGGACGAGUAAACAGUGAACAAGAGGCACUUGACUACCCACUUCCUCCGGACGUUCAAGUUCCCGAUGACAAAGCCCUCCAAUACGCACACGGCCUCGCACCUCCGCUUCGUUGGGUUCGCAAGCGACGUUUCCGCGAUCGACUCAGCACCCGCACCAUUGAGCAAGUUGAGAAGGCCGUGGAAGAGCUACUAGCCCAAGAUGAACAAUCGAUCUUUCCUCCAAAGUUCGAGCUUGUGGACAGCACGUCACUUAACCGUGCCGAGGGAAUGGUACAAGCUGAGGAAUACGAAGACGAAUACGAUGAGGAGCAGGAUGCAUACGGCGAAGCCGAUGAAGACAUCAUGGACGACUUCGAAGAUACUCUCGCAGCUGAGAUGGAGGCUGCGUUGGCUGGUGAUGACGAUGCACCCGGCGAGCAGGAGGAAGCUCCCACGCCAUCCAUUCCUCAAUACCCCUCCGCUAGAGGCCAGACUGGCCGCGCCGAUUCUGAUAGCGACUCUGACAAUGACGAUGAACUGGAUGACGAUCAGCUGGAGGAGCAGCAGCAGCUCCAGCAGCAGCGCGAGGAAGUUGCCGAAUUGGAGGCCCUCAUUCGCACUGAAACCGCACAGUGGGAGAAGGUCCAGAACCACAUUCUUCGCAACAAAAAGGGCCGCCGUAUUCAAGAGUUGAAAAAAGAUCUUGAACUCAAGAAGGUCUCUAUGGGUAUCACGGAUGAUCACGAUGACUGA